UUUUCGUAAAGAAAUGGAAGUAAACAUAAGCAGCCUUUUAGAAACAAAAGGACUCGCUUCUUUUUUCGAUAAUGAAUUUGUUGUUGUUGACGACGUUCAAAAGGCAGGCAUACUGUGUCAAAAGUGUGCAAAGGAAUUGGAGGAUUUGAAUAAAGAAGAGGAAAAGCAACAACAGAAUUGGAAGUCAUCAGUUCCUGCUUUGAAAGAACAAAUAUACGACUUCAGAGUUGAAUUUCAACGGUUAAGUGAUGAAGCAAAGAAGUUUAAGGUUGAAAUGGAGUCUUUAUUGGGGAUCUGUAGAGAAGCAGCCAAUAUUGCAAGUGAGUGGCAGAGAUCCAAGUGCGAGGAAAAGACUUUGAAAAUAGCAGUCGACAGCUUGCGGACGUAUAACAAGAUUGUGGAGGCUUUGGAGGAGGAAGAUGGCGAUGCUGCUUUAAGAUAUGUACGAGAAUUGUUGUUUGUUUCUUUUCCAGAAGAAAAACAAGUACAGCAAUUGUUAGAUGAACUGAGCUCAGAUCGGGUACGAAAGUAUCUCCAAGACGUUGCAUCAAGGAGGCAAGACUCGAUUGCUCAAGUUCGUGAUAUGCUUCAAAGGAGAAUUAUGCAGACUCUUGAACAACUUGGUUUCGAAAAGGACGUGUUAUGUUUCCACGGACAGGCGCAACGUUGGAAGAAGAUUCAAAAAAUGAUCGUUCAAUUAGACGAGUUGCAAUAUUAUGUGGAUAAAUCUUCCAUAACUGACUACUCAGGAAUGUCCACUAUCGAACAGCUUGGGGUUCGCUGGUAUUUGAUUCCACUUUGUCAUAAUAUUGUUAGUCGUUUUGAGUAUCACUUUUUGUCGAAUCGAGAGACUGCUCGAAUAGACAAACCAGAAUGGGCAUCUACGUUUUUAUUAGAAAGAUGGCAUGAAAUGCAGCCUGUAUUAGAAGAAGGGAUUCAAGAAGCACUAGAUAGAGCAAGAGAAGGAAGAGAUGAAGAAUUGGAGGAUGCUGUAGUUGUCUUUGCAAGAUAUUUGUUACAUCUUUUUGGACGGAAGAUCGCGAGAGAUGUUGCAAGUCUUGGUAGCUUUGCAACGAAUGCACAGUUGUCAAUCGAUUCCCAGGAAAUUUUCUUUCACCUUAUUGACCAUAGUAUCCAGUUGGAUGAUUCUUUGAGAAAGUUUCUUCAGGAUCGUCUCAUAUUGGAACCUACACCUAGUAGUCUAGAAGAAGCUCAUCAUCAGAAUCCAGCCUUUUUGGCGACAUGGACUGCUGCAGAGUUGACUCGUUCUCAAGAUUCCGUUCAACAAGCAAUAACAAAGCUUGUAAAGGGAGAUUCUGGAGCUGUGGAAGAAAUUCUCACUACUCUAGUUGCCAUGUGUGAAAGAGCAAAGGCAUUACCAUCUUUAUCUUUGAGAGCGCAGUUUGUUCGACUGACCCAAAUACCACUUUUGGAAACAUUAAGAAUGGAACUUUUGAGUUAUUUACAAGAUGAUAUGUAUCAAGUAAUAGAAGACCAUCUUUAUCGUUGUAUCCUUAUUUUGAAUGCAGCCAAUCAUAUUCAGAAACAUUUAGAAGAUUGGAAGAAUGAUAUUUUUUAUUUGGAACUUGUUCCUUAUCUCGCUCCAUCUUUUUCUGAGAGACCUAAUGGUGCAGCUUUGGAACUGGAUAUGCUCUCAAAAACAAUUAUCCAAGAUGAAGUUGAACACUUUUCAAGGCUACAUAAAAGCUUUGUAUCUCAUGUGCAGAGAAUAUUGGAACGGCAAUUUAGAGAAAAUGCAAAGACUUACGUUGCCAUAUAUCAUUAUUCCUCUAGAGAAGACCAAAGGAGCUGGGUUUUACGACUACUGUCGAGUGAAGAUUUGAGUCCAGAGUUGACAAGUGCUUUUUCUCAUUUGCGUACACAUUUCAACUUGCUUUCUUCUGUUCUUCAAGAUACCAAGGUCAGUGCGGAGAUAUGGCGUCCUUUGGCUUAUGCUUUGGAUCGUUUCUUUUUUCACGAUAUUGUUUUAUCUUGUGGUGAUAAGGAAAUGGACUUGUCUGAAAUGAGCUUUCAUUCUGCUUCUUCUUAUUUCAUUAAUAUUCUUUCGUUACAGUUAUUGAAUCGUGUAUGUAAGGAUUUUGGUAUUUUAUUGGAAACAUUUUUCGUUUUUACUAGCAAGCCUAUUGUAUUCUUUCCUCUUAUGCAUGAUAUUGAUUCCUUGUUAUCAUGGUUGGAAGCCAAACCUAUUUCAAGUCAAUUUUUCGAAUCUAUUGAUUCACUCGAAACUGGUUCAGUAGAACAGCGUUUCGUAGAUUUAUGUCAACAAUUGGAACUUUUAGAGACUGACGAGCAAGUGGAAUCUGUUCGAGUUGUUUUAAGAGAACGUUAUGGAAUCAAUAGUCUUCAUCCUUAUUUGUUGAAACAAGUUUUGCUAUGUUUAAGAACCAACUUUGGAUAACCACUAUAAUAUGCUAUUUGUGAAUCGAA